CUGGAUGGGUCAGAUCCGUCCCGCCUGUUUCAAGAUGGUUAAUUGCAUAGCACGUGUAAUAUUUGGAGGGAGCUGUCUAUGGAUAGGGGGCUGCAGAAACAAAAAAUGGGCAGUACCUGAAUCCACAGGGAGAGAAACUUGACUUCUUCAGACAUAAGAGGGCACUCAGCUGCCCAUUACAAUAAAAGGCAUUUGUUGUACUUACAGCAAAUAUAAACCCUAUCCUGCAAUCAGAUCUGCUUGGGUGAACUUACUGACUUCACUGAGUUAUGUGUUGUCUCAAAGGUCUAUCAGUAUGUAGCCCCACUGACUUCAGUACGUCCAUGUGCAUAGAUUCAAUGGUUUUGAAGUUUAGCGUAGGCUUGUAAAAGGAGCUAGUAAUGUCAAAUAAUUGUUACCGAUAGAGCUAUGGAAAAUUGGCAUGACCUACUAAUAAGAUGCCUGAUGUGUUAAUUGCAUACAUAUUUCCCAAACAAAUGAUAUUAUUAACUAUGAAUGAAUGAAAAGGGAAAGGGUGUUUAUAUACUUAACAGAAAGAAAUAAUAGGGAUCCGGCGUGAGAACAUUAGAUAUACAUUUUAAAGUGGUGGAUGGAGAUUUAGUCCAAGAAUUAAUGUCUUACAUUCUUCUUGAAAAUAUAUAUGUAACAGCCUAACUCACACUGUUUCUCUAUGGUACUAAAAAUAACAAGCAUGUUCUGUCGUUAGAGGUCAGGUGUUAAAACUACUAACCUAUCACAUCACGCAGAACACAUGGGAUAUAAUGUUCACAUGUUUGGGGAAGUGGCAAGGCAAAAUAGUGGCUUUGAAACUUUAAUGGAUUGAGCCUCUCUACCAGCAAGUGGGGUAGGGUGUAAAUUGAUGAAUGAAUCUGAUCAACUCUCUCCCCACUCUAUUUGUCUCUGGCAGUUAAUAAUUUGUUUUUUUUCUGCAUUCAGUUUCUUCAUUUCAUUCUCUACCUAUUUAUUCAGAUUACCUUUUAUCUUGAUUCACAUUAUUGACAGAAAUUUAAGUAAGUGGUUAAUAGGUUGCUCAGCACCUCUGGAAAGCAGGUGAUGAUAGUAAUCUUCAAUCAGAGUACCAAAACCAAAGGCUUUCAAAAUGAGUGGAGGCUUAACUUUUUUAAACUGGUAAAUAUUUGUUGCCUACAUGUAGCUUCUGGUAACACUAGCACUGGAGCACCACAACAUUAUUUUUCUGUCUGUUUACUGUGCAAGAACUUGCAAGAUUAAGACCAAAAAGUAGAUUUUCCUGCUUGGAGGUGGAAUGAACUAUGUGGAUCUAUGACUUUCUCUAUCCAAUUUUCUAUACCUUUUUACUGAAAACUUUUUUUCUUCAAUAUUUAAGCACUCCAAAUCAGUUCAACAGAAAUGAAAAAACUAAUAUGUUGUUACUUCUGUUUUUUACUAAAGAUUUGUACUUUACAAUUUUUAUUUGUCCUCACAAAUUCCUGCCUAAAUGACGUUCUUAAAGUGCUGUUCCAAUCUUGGGUUGGGGGGUCAGGAUGAACCUGUUGCAAGGGCAUCCCUUACCUGCAGUCUUUUCUGGUUUAUAUUGACUAUGCCCAAAACAUGAUCAACAUGUCAAAAGUUCUAGGGUUAAUGCAGUCAUGCUAAAAGGUAAUGCUGUGCCAUUGCUAGAACAACGAAUCUUAAGGAGCUUUUAGGGAGGAGAGCAGAUGGCGCUUGCAAAUGCCACUGAAGCUGUAAUUGUUCCACUAUACUUGUUUCUAAUAUUUGGAACUGUAGUACACAGAUACAGGAGAUGGGGAAUACCUUUUUUUCUUUAUAUAUUAAGAAAUUGGUGCAUGUAAUAUGUGUGAUUUUAAGUUCCUGGCUGACAGCAUUUAUAGGUCUGUCAGCAUUUUUCGUGUCAUAACUCCCAUUUCAAAGGAUAGAAAGACUAUCUGGUAGUAUUAUGGACAAGAGGAUACAGUGUCAAGUCGCAUCUGAUAGGUCUUCUGCUCCAGUAUGAUUGCUAUUCUAUGAAGGUUUGGAAGAAAUUUAAAAGAAGACAGCUGAGUACAAAUCAAUAUUUUCUUGACAGCCCAAGUCCUCUUCCUCUUUUUUCAAUUACAUCUGUCCUCCAGAGAUGACAAAUCACAGAUAGUCACCAGAGCUUUCCAGCUUCUAAAUUACAGUAUCUUUUUUUCUAAUUUCAAGACAAAAUUGAUUUAAUCAGUCUUCACCUGUUACCUAUAGGUGUUUGCUAGGUAAGGCAUAGGCAUAAGUUAAGGCAAUAAAGCAUGAGCCUACAGGCCUGUAUCCCUGUCAGACAGUAGUUUUCAACCUUUUUAAAAUUUGUGCACCCCUACAAAAUAUCAAAUGAAAGUGCGGACCCUUUUGGAAAUCUUAGACAUAAUCUGUGGACCCCAAGAGUCUGCGGACCACAGGUUGCAAUCCACUGCUGCAAGACAUUGACUUAAGCAGUUAGCAUAAGGAUUUGAGGCCUGUGAACUUUGGCAUGGGACCAAAUAAUGUGAGUAGACAGAUUUGGAGAGAUUCUAAAUUACUGUGGCCUAUUGGUGGCUAAACUGGCAUAUGAAAUCAGCUCCCCUCUCACCUCAGAGGGUGUGGUCACUGGGCCCGAUGCUGCUACUUAAUUCACUUUAGGUACCUUUAAUAUUACAAACAGUUGCAAUUUACAAAGCCCCCUUAACACUUGGUUAAAUUUUAAACGGCACAGAAACCCCCUUCUUGUGAGAUUCUGAACACAAAUGACUAGUCAAUAACACCAAAUGAGGAUGCAAUCAGAGUGUAAUCAGGCUGAUGUCUCACAUCGCCCCACUCGCAUCCUCACGCAGGUUAAAAUGAUCAUGGAGACCUAGUGGUGGGAGACAGGUUGCUAUCUGUGAGGGUCCUACCCUGCCUCUGGCAUGCCAUGUGAGUCUGAUGGUCAAGGACUUAAAUACCUGUGCUUGAGGGGUGUAUGCAUGCGCGUGCGUGUGUGUGUGUGCUAGUUACUGUUCCUCCGAGGGGGACGAUAUUCUCUCUAUUGCGGAGUUGGUCAGCUAAGUACAAGUAGAUGUAGUAUACUAGAGGCAGAGAAACAAAAGAAGAAUACCAGCAGAGGAAAAGAGGAAGUCCUGUAGUCUGGAAACAUAUAGUGUUUGUGACAGGCACGGCAUUCUAAUUGAGAGAUUAAUUUGGAUUUCAAUUUAUAUUUUUAUUGCAGGUGAGUUACCUGUGCCCAGGUUUAAGCUACAGGGGUUGCCAUUGUGGACCCUUCCCCGUUUGGUCGCCAAACCUGUUGCUUGAUCUAUGGAUUUUGAGUGUUGCAACCUGGCACAUCGGGGUUCCCAACUGAACAAUAAUUUUAAUAAUACUGGGCCUGAUCUUGGGACGAGAACCUAUCAAACCUCAGAGUGUUAACUGCGAAUUCUUAAGUAAUCAAUAUGAAUACUAAAUACACUUGGUUUGACUUUGGACUUGCAAAUCCUCUCCAUACUUGAGCAGGGGUCAAUCCUUUGAGAUGCUUAAAACUCUCGGUAAAACAACUUUGUUGGAAAAUUGAUCAUGCAAGAAAAGUUCUUCAGCUUCAAAGGCCAGAUCUAUAUUAUGUUGUGGACUAGACCAGAGCUUGGAGCCUGAUGGUUUCUUGUAUGGAUACUGUCCCCUAGCUCAGGUUUUUAUCUGGAAGACUUAUAAAGCCUCAGUUUGAGCCAGUGGACUCAAAGUACACAGGACCAGUAUCUUCAUAGUCAAGAUAGCUUCAGUCUGUGAUGGUUGAGUCACAAGAUUGUGUAUUCCUGUGAGCUGCAGAAACAAACAUUGCAACAUACUUUCGAGAAUGUUAAACACAUAAAGAUCAGUGUGCAUCCAACCUCAUCUAUCCAGGUUUCAAGCUCAGGAACAGACAACUUAACAAUCUAUGAAUCUCGUACAACCCCUUUUGGGUCAGAAGAAAAGAAAGAAGAAAAAACCCUGAGGAGCCUUGUGGAGAUUCUGCAGGAUAUGAUACAAGAUGUUCCUACACAGCGCACACCAACUGAACGAACAAUCAUUACACCCAAAAUAGUGAAAUCGUAUAUUAAUGAAAGUAUUGGCUCUCUUUGGUUAAAUGUGGGCCAAAAACAUGGUGGAAAGCUACAGAAGUCAAAGAAAAAAGCUGCUGUUACAAGAAAAUUUACUACAUCUACAACAACCCCCUUUUGGAGACUGCGAACUGGCACUGAAGUUUCUGUUAUUUUACACCCUAAUGAGUCUUCUAGCUCAACAACACCACUUAAAAAAAUAUUUAUUACAUUUGAAAAUGUUAUUUCAAAAAGAAAAAGUAAGACUUUUGAUCAGUUAACAAAUGGAUCCCUGGAAAAUCUAGUUCAAUCUUUAAAGAAUGUAAAAAAACUCAAACAGAAACAGAAAACUCUAACAGAAACAGAAAACAUCACCAAAGAAGCAGAAAAACUGAAACAUGUUGCAAAGGUGAAAAAGAUACAUGUAUAUGACAAAGUGAAACAUCGACCUGCAGGUGAAGUAAUCUUGGAAAAGAUUGAAAAGCUAAAAAAAUUGUUACAGAAGCCACCAGAUUAUGUUAAAGAAAAUCCACACCUCAAAGAGUAUGUUGAAUCAUCUGAAAACUAUAUAACGAAAUCUCUUAUGCUGGAAAAAGAAGCAGAGGCUUCACUAGGUCAGCUAUAUCACCAACCUAAACCUUCACCUCCGAAAGAAAAGGUAGAACAGAACGCAGAAGAAGUAGAACAGGACAUGGCAGAAAUCAGAAAGUUAAGAGCAUUUAUUAACCUGCUGUAUGAUUUUAGUCCUCAGCUAGCUACAUAUAUUGGUAGUUCUGACAAGAAAUAUGUCCCAGAGGAUAUUAGUGUAAAAGCUAUUGCUGUUCUUGAUGCUAUGAAACAUGUUUUCUGUGGAAGUCAGGCAGAGCAAAACAAAAGUGUGUUGAAGAAGUUGCUAGAGGAUGAUAUAAAGCUUUUAAACAUAGUUCUUAAGAACCACGAAUAGACUCUUAAAAAUAGUUAUUUAUUGGUACCCUUCAUUGCAUUUACUUAAAUUUUAGAGAACAGUCUUCUAGUUCGUCAUUGUCAUCUAGACCUGAUCUUUGCUGUAACGAUAUUCAUCUCAGUAAUUAAACACCAUUUUUAAAAAAUGUUAAUUUUCAGUGUUUACCAUGAUGGAUUGUUGACCUUGGAUAAGCUUAUUCUGUUGUUAGAGAAGGUGCUAACUGCAGUAAAAUUACCAUGGUUCUGAUACAUCAGGAAGGAAGUGGGUUGCAAAGGGGGCCUCUUGGAGUACUCCAUAAGAACUUGAGAACGACCAUACUGGGUCAGACCAACAGUCCAUCUAGCCCAGUGUCCUGUCUUCUGACAAUGGCCAAAGCCAGGUGCUUCUGAGGGAAUGAAUAAAACAAGUAAUC